AUGUCCGACGACGAGAUGAGCGACGACGAGCGCCGCGGCCGCCGCGAGCGUAGCCCGUCCCCCGCCGCGCGGUCCAAGUCGCCGUCCAAGUCCAAGUCGCCGGAGAAGUCGCCGCCCCGGUCCCCCGGCGGCGAGCCGCCGGCGCGCGUCACGCAGACCCUCGAGGUCGACAAGGACGACGCGGCCUUCAUCCUCGGCCGCGGCGGGUCCACGAAGCGCAAGAUCGCGCGCGUCUCCGGCACGGAGAUCGAGCUCGACGAGCACACGCUCCAGAUCACGCUCAACGGCAGCGCCGAGCAGUGCGCGCGCGCCAAGGACUACAUCGACUUCGUCCGCCAGCAGCGCGUCGGGCCCGUCACCAUCAACAUGGACACGCCGCGCGACGACUUCAGCGCCUACAUCGUCCCGGGCGACUGCAUCGGCUUCGUCAUGGGCCGCAACGGCCAGACGCUCCGGUCCAUGGAGGAGGAGUGGGGCGUGCUCAUGUUCUUCGCCAAGACCGACGACGCGCAGCGCGAGGGCGGCCGCGACGGCGACGAGAGCCUCUGCAUCUUCGGGCCCCUCGCGCGUCCGCCGCGCCGCGCCGCGCGCCGCGGCGCCGAGGUCAAGGUCAUGUCCGCCGUCGAGCACAAGCACCCGGGCUACUGCGUGUCGUCCAAGGGCGACCUCCGGGAGCACGAGCGCGUGCAAG